AUGGCGGGGUGUACUAGUGGAUCUGUAAAGUUACUAUGUGUUGUAUUUCUAACCGUACUCUGUGCAUUAUCUGUGUCGAGUCAAAGAACAUGCAAGGAGGCUGAUAUGUGUUGUAAAGCUCAGAACAAUACUUGUUAUUUAUUCGGACCCAGGAUGGACGGGAAUUAUAACGAAUCCAGAUGUUAUUGUGAUGCCAAUUGUCUAAUAAUGGGUGAUUGCUGCAUUGAUUUUCACAGCCAUUGCGAAGGUAAGAAAUUCAAAAUUUAA